CAGAAAGCUCAAAUAAUGGCAGCUAACUUGGUGAGCCCUUUCAAGACGGUUGUCCUGCUGGCGCUUUGUUUCGUCGUCGUGUGGAAAACCGUGGAAGCCGGAUCCCAGCACACUUGCGCCUAUCCUCAAGCAUGCACCAAUCAGGGUGCGAACGACCCGACGCACACUGUGACAUCGACCGCCCAGUACAACACGACCACUAAGAUGUGUCAGACCAUCCCGAAGGAGACUGGACCUCACAACUGUCAGAAGUUCAAAAACCUCGAGGAGUGCAAAAAGAACUGCGGAAAUGCCUAA